AUGGUGCGCCGUCCAACGCCGGUGGCCGCGGCGGUGUCCGAGCCCCUGCUCUCCCCCGGCGCUGCUCCGGUGACUCCGUGGCCGUAUCCGUCGAUCUACCCACCAGAUCCGGUGCUGGUGCCGGUGAGGUCAUCGCUGGCAGCUAGGUUUGAACUCGCCCAGGUCAGGCUGGCUGGCAGCGACGGCCUCGCGUUCUGCAGUGGAAGGGCCGAGAGUCGCUACAGCGGAACCCUAGCCUCAACCUCUAUCUCCCUCCGGCCACAGCUGUUCAGGUCAGCGUAUGGUAGAAUUGUUGACAUCGACCUGAAGGUCCCCCCAAGGCCACCUGGUUAUGCUUUUGUUGAGUUUGAAGAUCCUCGUGAUGCUGAGGAUGCAAUUGCUGGGCGGGAUGGAUACAACUUUGAUGGACACCGUCUAAGAGUGGAGGCUGCUCAUGGUGGUAGAGGUAAUACUUCCUCGUAUGAUCAUUCAAGUGGCUUUGGUGGUGGUGGUGGAGCACGUCGUGGUGUGCCGAGACACUCAGAGUAUCGUGGUAUGGAUCAUAUGCGGAAGGCUGGUGAUGUUUGUUUCUCUGAAGUGUAUCGCGAAGGCGGUGGCACCAAAGGAAUUGUGGACUACACAGAUUAUGAUGAUAUGAAAUAUGCUAUAAAGAAGCUGGAUGAUACUAAAUUCAGGAACGCCUUUGGGCGAGCCUAUAUAAGGGUGAAGGAAUAUGAUGCCAAACGUGGUCGCUCCUACUCACGUCGCCAAAGCCCAAGUCGUAGCUACAGCAAAAGCAGGAGCCCGAGCAAACCACCCAGGACUCGCCGUUCAGCAUCUAGGUCCCGGUUGAGGUCUGUUUGUUCCCGUUCAAGGUCUGCAUCAAAAGGACGUUCUCCGUCUAGAUCACCAGCAAGAUCCAAAUCUCCUAAUGCUUCUCCCGCAAAUGGUGAAGCAGCAAGCCCCAAGAAGCAGAGUCCAAGCAGGAGCCCAUCUGGCUCACGCUCUCCUGAUGUAAAAUGA